UGUCAGCAUGUUGAAAAUGUUGAAUUUUGACACUAAUGACAGCAAUAUACCUGGAUUUCACAUUCAUUGUAUCAGAUUUAAUUGAAUCAGCAACCAAUUAAACAUCAUUAACACAAUUUAGACAAUAUUAUACCUUAAAAGUGUAAGUUUAUAACUCCAAUGCAGGGCCUUUUGUAUCUUUCAAAACCUUUGCACUGCUCAGCAUAGCACCAUAGGAUAUAUUUUAAAGCCAGUCAAUAUUAUAAUAUUCUAUUAAAACCAAGAAUAUUUGUAAUGGUGGAUAUUUUAGAAUAUAUCAUGAAAUAAAGAUGAAACUGUAUGAACAUGUAACAUUGCGACUGUAUGGUAAAGUAUGGUAAAGUUAGUGAAUUGUGAUUUAGUAGCCUAAAGCUGCAAUUCUUUGAUUGGAGCUGUAUUUGUGCCUGUUGCUCAUAUAGCCUAAGAGAGCCGGAACGUUUUUAAUGCUUUUAAAAACAUAAUUAGCGAGAUCGUACCGCAUUGAACGCUAAUAUUUUGUCACUAGCAACCAAAUCUGUCAUCUGUCAAAUACAGUUGCAUGUUCAGCUCUGAACAAAAACAUUCAGGAAUUAUUUCUACAAAACGGAAACGUGCGUCCCGCCCGGUCGGGAUGAAUGAAACUGGCAUGGAGACAAGAGGCUAUGUUUAAAGUUUAAACUAGCCUGUGUAAACCUCAGACAAUUUCAGUAUUGUACAACACGUGAAUGAACAGCCGUCACAAGUUGUUGUUAGCUGUAGGCUAGAUGGCACAAGUGUUUGUCACAACAAAUUACAAGAUGCAGUGGGCUAUGCAUUCAUAGUAGACGAAUGAUUAAAAAAAAAGAUAAAGCGCUCAAAAGUGUUAUGCCGCUCAUCCCACACAUUUGGUAGAUUCAACGGAGAACCAUUCCUGUGAGAGUCGUCAAAUCUAGCAAGGUUUAGGCUAUUUGUGUUCGCAGUCACUGAGAUAUGCGUGGCAGUGGCACCGGUGGGGUAUACUACGAAUCUCGAUUAGUGGGUUAGCGAGGUAUGUUGCGCUCAAAGCCAGGGUAUGCUGUCAUACGAAAGUGGAUUUGUUUUAGCGUCGCUGUAUCACCAUGGUAUCUUAUGCUCGCAACCAAACCUGGUCGGGAGCAGGUUAUGUGCUAAGUUAUAGCUCAAAUCGUGAAAAACUACCGCCCUCUGGCCAAUUCUAACCAAUCCAUUAUCUUGAAAAACGAAGUUAUCUCACGUGUGCUAAUCUGUCAUACUUAGAACAAGUUCAGCCCCGCCUCUGCAAACAUUUUGAAACUCGAAGGCGCUUUUAACUAGGUUGCGCGUGCAAAUAUGUCACUACUAUGGACGUGCAUACCAUGCAAUAUUUGAUGACCAUCGAUUUUUUGAUGUUAUGGGUUAGACACUAAAAAAUACCACCCUAGAUUUCUCUGCCGCUCAUAAAUGCGGAAGUAAUCGUUGGUUAACCUAGGCUGUCUUGUGCGUCUCCACGAUUCCCGAUUGGUCAAAGUCACCCCAACCACGAGAACGCGCACAGAUCUGAGCUGAAAGCCUAGUUUGAUAAAUUCAUCCUUGAGUGAGUUUCGUAGUACCACUCAACUCUGAUUGCGACUUUCGUUUUUAGCAAUCCAGGUUAUCCAAAGAAAACCUGGUUAUGUUCAACGAGAUUCGUAGUAUACCCCACUGACCUGAUAUCAAAUACUCAUGCUGAAUGAGCGCGUCGCCUGUGCGCAUAGGCCAACUCGAUUUGAAAAAGUUUCUUUUCUUUAUGCGUUCUACAGAGAAGGGAGACUAGCGGCUACGGUUUGGAAUGACAUGGAGAAAACAUGACAGAGUAAUACGGCGAAUAUCACUAUACAUAAUAUAGUUAUUUAUUUAUUUAUUUCUUGAAGACGCUAGUUAAGGCGGCAGCCCUGUGUUGUUAAGGCGGCCGCCUUAGCAGGAAAGCGCUGCGGGAAACCCUGAACUAUUUCCUCGAAUUUCACGCAUGUCUGACGAGAAAUUUUGAAUUGUGUGUGCCUAUUUAUAUGAUGAGCAAUAAGGUGCAACUUUAGCAAUGAUAAGUGUAGUGUGUUGUUCGGUAUGUGUCAUAAAAACUACGUCUAUGGUUUCAAAUGCUGUUUAGACUAAUUAGCCACCAUAAACUGUCAACAGUGGAAUGAUUUCCCCGGAAAGGGAUGAAAAUGUAGGUGUGAGGAAAGCGAUUUUUGACCGGGAUGUCUGGUGCAUCUUUGAGUGAUGGAGAGAAGGAAAGAACACGGACAUAACCGGGGAGUGAAACUCUACCCGCUCAAAUUUGUUCACAUGCUCUGACCGACAUCUUAGGCCUACAUAAUUCCUUCAACAAAUCCACUAGAACUUGAACAUCCACCACACUAAAUUCACUUAAAACUUUUUACCAAAGUCUUCACCUUAUCAACAGUCCACAACAAAACCAAUUAAACAAAAAUACAUUUUCACUGGGUUACAUUCUUUGCAUUUAGGCUAUUAGCUAAUCUCAAGGAAAAUAAGCCAUGUUCGUUAGGCUAUGAGACGCAACAAUUCCUAGUAGCCUACACACUUACACUCACAUUUCAACUCUCAGAGUCUUCGUUUUGUAGUUACAUAGACAAUCCUGGGGGUCUGGUACACACAUGACAUUUUAAGUUCUUUAAUUCAACAUAUUGAAACUUUUUAUGUUGUUAACCCCCUGCAAUCUAAAUCCCUCCCUGGGGAUUUAAACGCCUGUUCCAAACACACAUUUAAUUUUUUGCUAGAUGUUGUCCUAGACAAAUAUAAGUGACAUUGCUUUGCCAUCUUGCGUAGUAAUACAUUCACGUAAAAUGUGUGGGAAUAUUACUUCAGGUGAAAUGUUAACUGCUGGCUCACACCAAGGACCAAUUCACCUGCUUUACUCUCUCUGUUUCCCUCUCUCUCUUUCUUUCUCAACUAUCUCACUCAAUCACUCUCUCUCUCACACACACACACACAAACACAUGCACACAACCGUAUCUACACACUUAGGCAGAUGGAAAUAUCUCAUGCCUCAUAAUACAGGAUGUAAAUCUCAUUAUACACAAAAGUCCAAACACAACACAAUAAAAAACGUAAGCUACUCGCUUGUAUUCCUGUUAUCAUCAUAUUAUCCCAUUAACCGCCUACACAUUAUAGGCCUAGCCGCUAAAACAACGCACAUCGUAACUGAUACCAUUUCAGUUCACAUGCAAAUGACCACAAUCGCUUGUACACUAUAUAAGGUUCACACUGAAACCGCCUACUAUCCUAACGAAAACCUCAGACCGACGACAACCUCAGCACAUCCAAGAUCCAAACCAACCAUGUAUUCAACAAACGGCAACCAGAACACCCAAGGCCCUCCACAAUCACCUUCAAAGAUAUCACCUGGACACACACAGGACAUAAAAAACUUCCGCGAGCAAUUAAUCCUCCUCACGUACAAGAUAUCAUCUCCACUUGCACCACCACACGAAACCGCCACCGAUUUGAUGCAUAUCACCAACAAAAUCAUCACCUAUACAAACAAACAAGCAAGAGAAAUCGCCACACUCAACAACCAAAAAACAGCACUAAGACAAACAGUUCAAACUCUCCAAACACAACUCACUGCCUUGCAACAACAAAUAGACGACCUGCACAAACUUCCCAACAUACAGGACAUCAACAACGCGUGCAGCGCCUUUGAAAACGACAGUAGACAGCAACUUUCAACAGCCAAGUACGUCAACCAUCCUCCACUCCACUCCACCAUCACCACAACUCAACCUCAGCGACUCCGAUGACUAAACACUCAACUUUCUCUACAUUAUAUGUAUAUAUUUCCUACAAAAACAACCUCAUCAUUCUUUAAAUUAA